GUUGAUGAUCAGUGCGCCGAACGAUCGGUUUACGUUACUUUAUUCAAAAAAAUUUCGUAAUUUAAAAUCGGACGAAAAAAAACUUUAAUUUCACUUCGUUCAAUACGAAUUCUUUGCAGUUCAAUGAGCAUAGUGAUUUGGCGACGAAAUGUAUGUCCAAAAGAAGUUAUACGACCAACAUCUACUUUCAAUGUCACGCUACACACAUCAAUCUAUAUUAUUAUUUUUAGCGAAACCAAAAUGAAAAACCCAAAAGUGAAUAGCUGGAAUUCUUGUGAAAAAUAGCACAAAAAAAAGAAAUUUAAAAAUAAACGGUCGAGUAUCGUGAAUUCGGUGACUAAUGAUGUAAGCGUGUUAGCGAGCAUGACAAUCCGUUCGCAUGUGUAAACACAAUCGUCAAUAAGUUUGUUUUGUUCAGUGAUUUGCCUGUUCUUAAAAGUUAAUGAAUUGAAAGAAACAUUUUCGAAAUUGAAAAGUAAGCUUGUUGAUGUUGAAACUCUUGAAUUGUCGGAAUUUAUCCUGUUAUUAUGUUACACUGGAGACGCAUCCAAAAAUGCCGAAGUAAUAAAGUAUUCAAAGUAUGAAGUGUGUGUGUGUGAAAAGUAGCUAAGAAAAAUGCCAAAAGUGAAAAUAUGCGUAUGAGGUUUCUUUCAAAUAAAUAAAGUGGAUUCCCCGAACACAAAAGGAUUCAAAUGAACUGUGUCAUUGGGAUUGAAACGAAUCACUCGAUAAAAGAGGGGAAAGAGAAGAAAACCACACAAUAUGCGUAAAGUAUUGAGUUUAAAAUUUGACGUAUGCAAUUGUAAAAUGUUCUUAGUGCCAAAAUCAGAAGCACCAAAAACUCUCAAGACAAUUUUAUUCGCAUAGUGAAAAAAAGAAGAGGAAGGCAAAUUUCUAUUUAAAAAACACUUUAAAAAUACUGUCGUUGACUUUGUGCAAGCGCACACGUGUGCGAAUGUGUGUUGUGUAUUCAAUUCAAAGUUCAGUAAACAUUUUUUUUUAUCUCUUCUGAUUCUUCUGUGAAAACAUCGACAGUGCUUGAGUGUAAAUCAGGGGAUUUUCCAACGCCGCCCACAGAUCAAUCAUUCGAAUGUAUUGGUUCGCAUUGAAUGUUUUGUAUUGAGUAAAUCAGCUGAAAAAUCAUGUGAUAAAUUCGUAUGUGAAUAUAUACGUUGAAUUGAAAUGUAUAACUGAUACAUGAUAUAUGAAUUGUAAGUGACAAAUAAAAAGUGAGUGAGUGAGUGAGAGACAUAGACUGAAUAGAGAUUCUCAUUGAUGCUCCCGAGGGAAACAUUCGAUAUAAUUAACGAUGAUAUUAUGUGAAAAGGAAUCUAGUGCAAGUGUAUUGUCGUCGUUGUGACGACUCAAAAAGAGAUGUAUCUUAAUUGAAUGAUUUAAGGAUAGCGUGCAUCCAACAAUAACGUGAAAAAGCAAAAAAAAAACAAAAGUUGGAAAAAGAAGAAGCAACGGAAACCACGUCAAUAUGAUAUCGUUGAGAGAAAUUUGUUGUUUAUUCAUGGUGAUGAUUAUAUUCAGCUGUUCAUUUUCAGCGAAUGGCAUGUUCAAUCGCGAUGACAUAAAAGCAACGGAUUUUCUGAAUCAGGUCAAAGAAAAUCCGUACAAAGUGCGAAAAACAAGAAACACAAAUGAUAAUGAAUAUUACGACGAUGAAUUUGUAAUGGAGGAUAUGAAAUUGGUGCAACAAGAUCAACCAGCAUUCGUUCGCCAAUCGAAAUUGUAUGGACAAAUGCAAAAGGAGUCACCAGUUUCACAAGAAAAUUUUGAAUCAAAACGACGUGGAAAUGCACUACUCUCAAAUUUACAAUUUACCAAAGAAGUAUGGAUAAAACAGGGCCGAUUAAAAGGUUUCGUACGAACCAUGCACCCACAAACUGGUUUGAAAAAUGUACGACAGUAUUUGGGCAUUCCAUAUGCAGCCGCUCCAAUCGGAAAUGCACGAUUCAUGCCACCAGGUGCGCCACCGCCAUGGAAUGGCUUGAAAAUAGCAGUUGAUUUGUCUCCAGUGUGUCCACAAAAUCUACCAUCGCUGAAUAAUAGUCAGCAACAUUUGACCACGGGCAGAUUUAACCAUUUGAAACGUUUAAUGCGAUACUUGCAAAAUGAAAGCGAAGAUUGUCUCUUUCUAAAUCUGUUUGUGCCCGAAUGGUCUGGCAUUGGUCCGAGACCUAUUUAUCCGGUUAUCGUGUUCGUUCAUGGUGAAUCAUAUGAAUGGAACAGUGGCAACGCCUACGAUGGCUCAAUCCUUUCAAGUUACGGUCAAGUUAUUGUGGUAACAUUGAAUUAUCGCCUCGGCAUUUUGGGUUUCCUUCAACCGGGAACAACGGGUCAAACGACAAGCAAUUUUGGAUUAUUGGAUCAAAUAGCUGCCUUACAAUGGGUAAAAGAAAAUAUUGCCGCAUUCGGCGGAGACGUUGGAUCAGUAACACUUAUGGGAUCGGGCACGGGUUCUGCUUGUAUCAAUCUAUUGAUGUUAUCCCCUGUUGCACAAAGUUUAUUUCAUCGAGCUAUUUUAAUGUCUGGAUCGGCGAUGGCUGAUUGGGCAAUAUCAAAUCAUCCACAACAAGCAACAAUGCAAGUGUUACAUAAACUGGAUUGUCCGAUGCGUGACGAUAACACAAUGUUAACAUGUUUACAACAAAAACGGUAUCAAGACAUUUUGAAAGUUCAAGUGUCAUCGCCCGAAUUCACAACUACGUUUGGUCCGAUUGUUGACAAAACCAUUGUUCCAAAUGAUCCACAGAAAAUGAUGCAACAUCAUGAAGGUGGAUUUAAAAGAUACGACAUUUUAUUUGGUGUAACCGAAAAUGAAUCCUACAACAGCAUCAAUGCAAUCGGCAUAAUGCAUGGAUUACUAGAAAGUGAACGUGAUGGUUAUUUGAGAUUUUAUAUGCAAAAUCGUUUCGAUCGACCAGAUGUUGUAAUGGAUUUGGCAUUGAAUACAUAUAAAGCAAAUAUUUGCACAAAUCCAAAGAAUCCAACGCCAGAGGAGAAUCGAGAUAUCGUACUGGAAAUAUUAUCGGAUGCACGUUUCGUUGCACCAUUGAUACAAACAGGCAACUAUCAUUCCAAGGCCAAUCCUCGUACAUACAUGUACCUUUUUAGUCACAUCAGCAAAGCGGGAGAUUAUCCAAAUUUAUCACAAAGCAUAGCUGGUGAAGAAUUACCAUAUGUAUUUGGUGCUCCACUGGCAUCGGCACGUCCAUUCCCAACAAGCUAUACACCACAUGAACGGCUGUUGAGUGAAGAGAUUAUGGUCUAUUGGACGAACUUUGCGAAAACCGGAAAUCCAAAGGCACCCGGUCGCGAUCAUUUUCUAAAUUUAGAUCCAUCAAAUUGGGACCAAUAUGAACUUGAUUGGAUACCAUUUUCAGCGAACAAUCCAAGCUAUUUAAAUAUUGGUAUACCGCCCGUUGUAUCAACCACGUUAUAUCGUCAACAGUAUAUGAAUUUUUGGAAUAAUAUUUUAAACGAUCAAAUGAAUGGUGAUGGAAAAUCAAUACAAAUGCCAUCCGAACAUUCGACCAUUGAAAAUACAUCAUUUAUGAAACCAUUAAUGCCACAUGUCAACUAUUUGGAAAAGUCCACAAUCAAUCCGAUACGAAAGCUACAGCAACUAUUAAACAGCGGACCAAAUCGAUCUGAUAUGUAUGCAACGCAAUCAACCGUUGAACCGCCACAAAUUUAUGAUGCCGUUACAGCGUCUGAAGGAAACACAUUUGUGCUUGGCGAUAAUCAAAUUAUCGUAAAAGCUGAUUCAACAUUGAAUGUUUUAAUUGCAAUGGUCAUCAUUUUUCUGGUCAUUAAUGUUAUAAUUAUAAGCAUUUAUUUGGUGCGACGAAAUUAUUUCAAAAAAAAUCUAAAACAAAAGCUCGAUAUUUUAUCGCUGGACGGAACGACAGACGAUGAUUUGAAACGGUCAAAUAAAUUCAAUGACGGCGAUGAGAGUUUCAUUUUGGACAUUGUACGACGGAAAAAUGAAUACGUACCCGUUAAACGUUAUCAUUCCCCCAUUAAUGGCUUUCUAUUGACACGUCAUUACAGUACGAGCACCGUUGAUACACAUACAAAGGUAUCCGAUUGGAUUUCGCACGAAGUCAAUCGACAGAGUCCACAUUUUCGAUCAAAAUCACCAUCAUUUUCAUUCGGUACAACGAAUCAAUUCUUUGGCAAAAAGACAGACGAUAUUAAUGGCAUUGAUAAUGGUGCACAAAUUGAACGACAACCCAUUGAGUUGAUGAAAUCAAAAUCGUUUGAAUUGAAUAGAAAGAAUGAAUUCACAUGCCAAGAAUUGGAUGAACGAAUGCCAAUGUUUGACAGAGUCAUUGCAUCGAAUGUAGAAAAUGCACCAGAAACAUCAACAUGCGUUCUACAAAUUGAACAUCGGCACACAAAUUCCGAUCCGGCUAAAAUGGCAAAACCAACAACAACAUUUGCACAAAAUCCAAAUGAAAAAGUGACCAGUUUUAUUGAAGAUGUUGUUGAUGUGAAUGUCACAUCACGCGAUGAAUGCGAUGGUGCACACUUUCCAUUGACACCAGAAGAAACAUUACAAAUCUAUCAAAUGCGAAAUUAUCCAAAAGUUUUACCAAAAUAUCCAUCAAAUCAAAACAGUGAAUAUGUGUCGUCGUCAUCAUUUAAAAGGCGUAGCAUGCCAUCGUUUCAGCACAUGAUAAAUACAUAUGCACGAGCACCGCCGGUUCCACCGCCCCGAACAACAUCAACGCUCGAUCGAAUGAUGGCAAUGCGUCGGUCGGACAGUAAUAAAAGUGAACCAUUGGUGCCGGUUAUGGCACAACCAAUUCCAGAAUCACCGGAAGAGCCGGAAACCAUUUCAAUAGCUGCACUUCAUGUUGGACCUUUAUUGCCGGGUUCAAAGGAGAAUUUAUAUUCAACAGUGAAACGAAAGAAAUUUACUCUUGAAGAUAAACAACCAUGCAUUAUUGCCGCUCAAAUUGAAACAGAAAGCGAACCAAUUCUGCUGAAGCCGUUGACUGAAGAAAAAUGCAAUGAAAUAGUAAAAGACACAGCUACACAACAACCAAAAUCAAUUAUGAAACGUCAGUUUUCACGACAAAGUUCAGCGGAUGGUGGUUCAAUAUCAGGCCAAGUAUUACCAACAAAAAUUCCCAUUUUAAGUCGAUUAGGUGCAUGCGGAAAGAGUAGCAGUAGUAAUAGCUCAAGUAGUUAUAGUGAUAAUAAGUCAAAUAGUGAUCCGAGUACUGAUGAUUCGGCCAAGGAUUUAAUUGCCGAAUUAGAUCGUUCGGCUGCCUCAAUUACAUCGUCCGUGGACACAUGCUCGAGCGCUGAAACAAUUAAGCAAAUAUUCUAACAGAGAGAAGAAAAAAGAAUGAAACACACAGGCUAACUUACUAUUAGAUUAAAUCAAUUGAAAUCAGUAUCACAUACGUAAUUAUAGAAUGGAUUAUAAUUGUGCGCAUCUUUAGUUUGGGCUCAAGAAUUUAUGUUUUAAUAAUUUACUUGAAUAACAAAAAAUUUCCUUUUGCAAUAAAUUUUCAUUUGGGUUU